GAAAAUGAAGAUAAUUAUUAUUAAUCUUAUGCUAAUUGGUGCUUCUUUCGCACUUAAUGGCAGCUACUGUUGCUCCGAGAAACAAGAAAUAUGGGUUGAUGACAACAACUUGAAUCAUUGUUUGGACACGAGGACCAACGCUACCAUGAAGAUCACCCUGAAUUGUUUUGAUAACUUGACAUUUAUUGUUUCUAACGAGUUCCUGCCAUAUAAGCUGAAUCCAGAUGGAAGCUUAGGUAUUCUAAUGGGAGAAAUGUCUGAAGUCACAUCAGUUGCAAUUGGCGACUUCUGCGUCGGGCGUCAGACUAAAGACGGGGAAGAGUCCGAGGUGGCGAUCAUAUGCCAGAGCGAGAUGGAGGCUGAAAUAGUGAGCGAGGAGGUGCUGGGCUACUGUAUGGCGGUGUCGAGUGUCUUCCUCGCACUCACGGCCCUCGUGUAUGUUGCGUUUCCAGACCUCAGAGAUCUACAAGGAAAGAGUAUCACAUGUUUAUGUAGCACGCAAGCUAUCGCCAAUGCGUUAUUUUGCGUUAUGAAAGUUAUGAUGUACUCUCACAUGACAUGGUGCGCGGUUCGAGGUUUCCUGGCCUAUUACUUCAACAUCUCAACGUUCUUCUGGAUGAACGCAAUAGCUGUACAAAUUCUUAUCAAUAUAAAGCAUCCGUCGAGUAAUGAAAGUUGGAGUAAGUUUAUAUGGUACGCGUUGUACGCGUGGGGCGCGCCCGCCGUCCUCACCGCGAUACUGGUCAUAGUCAACUAUCUCCCCGGACCCCACGUGCGGCCUGGGAUAGGCUACAACCAAUGUUGGUUUCUUGAUAUGAAACGCACGUGGCUUUACAUGUACAGCGUGCUUGCCAUGCUAAUGGCGGCCAACGUGGCGAUCUUCGUCUACGCUUCCGUCUCCUUGUGGAAGCACACCUUCUCGUCCUCUCACCUGCAGGCGCUGAGAUAUAAGUCGUGGAUGAUGUUCCGACUGUUUAUAAUCAUGGGUUUGCCGUGGAUUUUCGAAAUGGUCACCUCACUGACGCCUGCUCACACGUUUUGGGUUAUACUGGACAUCAUAAACUGUCUGCAAGGCCUGAUAGUCUUCCUAAUACUAGUGGUGUUCCGUCGGCGCGUGAUCAAGGCGCUAUACAAGAGAGACGCCCUGCUCUGCCUGAGCGGUGCGGCCGAGAGCUACCUGAAAGGUGCCGAAGAUGAGGAGGAUAUCGUCACACCCACUGUAGGUGUGCCAAUGGAGGAAACUGGAACUAUUUGACUC